GCUGAAUGGGAGAAUUGAGUUCGAUAUGGUUUGAUUUAUAAAGAUCAUUACGAGCACAAAAUACUACUACCACUAAUACUUAAAACCUUAUUGCUCAACUUAAAUAUAAUUGUGGCGAUAAAACAGUUGUAUCUCUAUUUUAGCAAAAAAAUACCAUAAACCAUUUUCAGUUGACAUUCCCAACACACAUGUUGUACAAAGACGACGCGUCGCGAAGUGAAGCGAGAAAGGUUACGUUAAUAUUCCAAAAGAGGCAAUAACAACAAAAGUGUUUAGGGUAUAAAUAAAAGCAAAACAAUAACCAUAAACAAAAACAAGUCUACUAUAAAUAAAAAAAGAAAGAAAAUAUUAUUGUACUCAACGUGUCUUAAAGAUUUGAAAACUGCAAAGUAAACAAACAUGCAGACAUGGUUACGUAUAUCCCUUCUACUAUGCACAUUUGGUUUCUUUCGUGAAAUGCGCCCUUCCGAGCCAUUUGUUGUGGAAUAUCUAACCGGUCCGGAUCGUAAUAUCACAAGUGAAGAAUUAAAUCGUGAAAUUUAUCCUUUCGGUACAUAUUCGGUUUUGGUACAAUUGAUUUUAGUUUUUUUGGUUACCGAUAUUUUGCGUUAUAAACCCAUCAUUAUACUUUCGGCCUGUGCUGGCAUAGUGCUAUUUGCUAUAUUAUUAUGGACUCAUACAGUAUGGGAGCUAAUCAUUGGGCAAAUCUUCUAUGGUACUUUUAUGGCUAGUGAAGUCGCUUACUACACCUAUAUCUAUGCAAAGGUGGAAAAAUCCCGUUAUCAAAUUGUUUCCGGUCAUACACGUUCGGCGAUAUUGUGUGGCAAAUUUUUGGGUGGUGUUUUUGCUCAGGUUUUGGUUUCAACCGAGAGUUUAAAUUAUCGUGGUUUGCAUUAUAUAUCGUUUGCUUCGCAACUCGUUUCAUUGGUUAUUGCCCUUGCAUUGCCGCCUGUCCAGCAAAGUAUUUAUUUCUAUAAAGCAGAAGACGAUGAUAAUACCACAGAAAGGGGCAAUAAUAGUAAUGCGCCUACAUUGGCUUUGGAAAAUGGUAACACCGAAUUAGCAUUAGAAAGAAAGACUUCAUCUACAAUCGAAACUCCCACCACUGUCGUUAAGCCUAAAUUUUCAUGGAGAAAUGCAUCCCGUUUACUUCUGCAGCACACUGUCAGUGCGUAUUCCAAUCGUACUGUUCUAAAAUGGAGCAUUUGGUGGUCUUUAGCAACAUGUGGUCAAUUGCAAGUUAUUUCCUACGCACAAAUCCUAUGGAAAGAGAUUGAUGAAAAUCAUGAAAGUUUUUAUAAUGGUGGAGUCGAGGCUACUGUCACACUAUUGGGAGCUGCCGCAGCAAUGGCUGCUGGUCUUAUGAACGGUGUACGACACAAGAAAUGGCAUAUGUGGAUUUUAACCAUCUGCUCCAUAUUAAUGGGUGCUUUUCUAAUAAUAUCCGCCGUAACGAAUCUACUUUGGGUAGCCUAUGUUAUGUAUGUCAUAUUUGGCGUGUUUUAUUUCUUUGUUAUAACAAUAGCCAGUGCUAUAGUUGCACAAAAUUUAAGUGAUGACAGUUUUGGUUUAAUAUUUGGCAUUAACACUUUAGUAGCACUGGUACUGCAAACCAUUCUAACUUUGGUUGUUGUUACCGACUCUUUGGGAUUCGGUCUAGAUCCCAGAAAUCAAUAUAUUGUUUAUGGUUUUUAUUUUGUAGCAUUAGCUAUUGUAUAUGCUUUAGCUGUAGUUGUAGGACAAAUAGUUAAAUGUUUUAGAAAAUCACAUGAAAUGGGUGUAAAAUCGACAGAAUAGUUGAUAUCAUAUUGUACAAAUAAUUUAUAUAAUUUCAGGGACUUUUAUGUAUUUUUUCGUACUUAAUCAUGAUACAAUCAUAAUUUGUAUAUUAUGAUACUUAAUAAUUUAUAUAACAAAUUUAAAUGAAUUAUUUAAAAAAAUAUAUAUAGAAUGCAUUUUUUAUUUGUUUAAUUGAUAUGUAUGAACAUAAUUGAAUUUUAAAUUUCUGUAAACGGAAGUCCAUAAAUCCUUAAAAAGUAACACAUCCCAUAGAAAUUAAAGAUUAUUU